AGAACAUCAACCCACAAGUUAUUUUAUCUUCUAACUAGCCUUUCCUUUAUCAUCACUAGAAAUCUACUGCAAUAUAUAUAAGAGCUGAGAUUUCUUGUUCUUUCUCACCUUCAUUUGUCACCUAAUUGGCAGGAAUAAUUUUGACCAGCAGAUUAAUCAGCCCUACUAAGAAGGAUCCUCAUACAACGAGGUAAUCAUAAAGAUGAAACCACUGUGCCUGAUCACAGGCCUUCUGGCUCUUGCAGCAUGUUUCUUGCCUGGUGAGAGUCACAGAGGUCCCAGGAGACAAUAUCCACCUAGGCCACUGCUUCCUCCUCCUCUACGGUUUCCUUUUGGUCCAGGAUUUGCUCCACGCCUUCCUCCACCUUAUGGCCCCGGGAGAAUUCCACCACCCCCUCCUCAGUUUUUUGGCCCCGGGAGAAUUCCACCACCUCCUCCUUUAUUCCCCAAUGGCCCAGGUUAUCCAUAUCCAGCUUUCCAACAAAGACGUUAUCUAAUUCGAUUUCCAUUCAUCCCUAGAUUCCCUCUAAUGUAUCCUUUUGUCCUCACACCCCAAAUACAAACUACUACAACAACAGGUUCCGCUGCAACCACAACUGACCCCACUACCUCCCAAACGGACUCUGCCACUCCCAUGACAGCUUCUCCUCCCCAAGAGACAAAGGCCACUUCUACUCCCCAAGAGACUACUAUCGCUUCUACUCCCCAAGAGACAAUGACAGCUUCUCCUCCCCAAGAAACAACUACCACUUCUCCUCCCCAAGAGACAACCACUUCUACUCCCCAAGACACUACUAUUGCUUCUACUCCCCAAGAGACAACAACUGCUUCUACUCCCCAAGAAACAACUACCACUUCUCCUCCCCAAGAGACAACGACUGUUUCUACUCCCCAAGAGACUACUAUAGUUUUUACCCUCCAAGAGACAACAACUGCUUCUACUCCCCAAGAGACUACUAUAGCUUCUACCCCCCAAGAGACUACUAUAGCUUCUACCCCCCAAGAGACUACUAUAGCUUCUACCCCCCAAGAGACUACUAUAGCUUCUACCCCCCAAGAGACAACAACAGCUUCUCCUCCCCAAGAGACAACAACCACAUCUACUCCCCAAGAGACAACGACAGCUCCUCUUCCCCAAGAGACAACUACCACUUCUACUUCCCAAAAGACAAGUCUCAAGACCUUUUUAGAUAGACUCAUUUCAAUUUUUGGAUGAGAAUGAGAUAUUCCAUAAGCUCUAACCUUUGGGAGGAAUAAUCUUAGAAAGAAACUAUAAAACAACCCACAUAAACAUUAUGACAACAAAGUGAAAAUAAAGAGUUGAGCAACAA